UCUUAUCCUAGUCAAUAGUAUUUGAGAUAAAUAAAAUUAUUUAUAAAAUCAAUGACAAUUAAUUUUCAGCUAAAAUUAAGUAUAAUUUAUAUUGGAAUUUGUGUAACAAUAAAAAAAUGUUAGAGUGACACUUAAUAUGAAAAGAAGAAGUAUUAUAUUUGUUACAUUUCUCGGGAGUUAGAUAAACUAAAAGCUAAAAUUAGAGGUGUCGCAUUGAAACAAAACAUGUUAGAACGUUAAUUGGAUUAUAUCAGGCCCUGGUGAGAAAAAAAAAACUGAACUAUUAUAUAAUAGAUAGAAAAAUAGAUUUUUUCAUGUCUAUUAUAUUACUAUGUUAUACCAUAUUGUACACAGAAUAAAAAGAUAUGUAUACAUAAAAUAUUCAACCAAUAUACUACAUCCAAAUAAAUGCCUAUUAUACAUGUAUAUACCUUGAAAAUGUUUGAUUUCAUUAUUCUAUUUGAUAUUUAGCAUAUGUCAAAUUUUGUUUUUUAAUAACUAAUGUUUAUAUGUAUUGUUCUAUUAUCAUAUAUUUAUAUAGAAUAGAAUAAAAUUACGUUUAAUAUAGAAUAAAAUAUGUUUUAUAUAGAAUAAAAAUUUCUUCACCUAUCACUAUAUAUCAAGUUUUGUAUACACUAUAUAUUUGUUUUAAAAUUUUCAAAACAUAUCUUAUUUGUAAGAACAUCUAUGGUUUUUACAGGAAAAUUACAAAACUGAAUCAAUGUAUUGUAACAAACUGAAAGUAAUUAAGAAUAUUUUUCUCAAAAAAAGUAAUUAAGAAUAAUGAGGAAAACACAUUUAUAAAAGAAGAAAAAUAAAAUAAUUUUAGUUAGUCACAUACAAGGAUGAAAUGGCAAUUAAUACAUAUUAUAUAUGAUAUACUCUAGCCAUUUGAUUGAUAUAUGGUUAGUUUGUUAAUAUUUUUUUUUUGGGUUAUGGAUGCAAAUUUUCCAUCCAAAAGGUUGAGAUACAUAUUCUUAUUUCAUAACCUUUGAAAUCUUCUUUACAUACUUUGGCUGGAUAAUUUUUUGUUUAGUUUUCAAUUCUAUGAAAAACUAUCAUUAUUUUCAUUGAAUUUUUUUUUUGAAUAAAGUUAUACAAUUUUGAUAUCUAAAACAUUGACAUGGUUGGUGAGGGUGGUAUAAUAGUAAAUGUGGGGGUAAUCAAAUAUGAUGAGUGAUAAAAAAAAAUGAUAAGUGCGAAAGGAAAGAAGAACAUUUGGUGCAUGUUGACAAAAAAAAGAAGAACAUUUGGUAAACGUGGAAACGGAGGAAAUAAAAGAGAGAGUUUCAUCUCAGAAAGAAAAAAAAAGAGAGACAGAAAAUUGAAAACCCUAUUCUUACGGCGGCCAGACAAACAAAGCUAUGUCUUCGUCUUUGAUUCUGAGCCUCUCUGCCAAGCUCUCCUCCGUCCGAAAACUUGCUCUGAGAUACCAAACCCUUGGGAUGUUCUCCUCUUCCUCCUCCACCACCACCAACCCCUACUUAAUGUAUGGUACCACAAUUUAUGGAAAUCCUGAAGAAGAUCUUCAUGUAAGAAGCGAUAUCCAUUACUUCGACCCUGUCAAGGAAAAUGAAGUGAUUGUACGAGACAAGACACUUCCCAUGGAGUUUCGUAAAGAGUGUGUUUUGGGCGGAAUGUCCCAUGGUUGGGUAGUUUUCAAGGCCCGGUCUGAUGAUAAGAAAGAUAAAGUCUUAUAUAUUAGCGACUACUACACUCCUUGUGGCUCCAAAUCAAACCCUAAAACCAUUCCUUUGCAUCCCAUGGGUCAACAACCUGGUCGUCCUGCCCAAUACCUCAACAUCACUAACGUCGCAAUGACUUGUUCACCUGAUCAAAGCAAUGAUUUCGCAGUGGCUGUCAACUGCUUAGGACCUGUGAUCAACUUCUUUAGGCCUGGUGGCAAGCACAAGUACUCUGGUUCGGUCCACUUUACCACUCCUCUCCAACAUUUCAAUCAGUCAAAGGUUAUGUAUUCAAAGCGUGAUGAAAAGUUCUACACCACUAGUGUUAACGGCCAAUUUUUGGUUUACUACGAUGCUUUCUUCGAGGAGGAUAUGACCGGCUCCGAGGUUCAUGAGCUGCGGUUCAUCAACCAUCCUGAGCUGGCUCAGUCCGAGUGGGAGAUAUUGGACUCAUGUUCCAAGACUGUGCACCUUGUGGAGUCUCCCUCGGGGCAACGCUUCCUAAUCAAAUGGUACGCUCAGAACCACCAACCGGGCAAGAAGAUCACCUUCUUGUGUCGCGGAACAAAGCGCUUCAUGGUGUUUAGAGAGGAAGAAGAAACACGGGUCAUGUCUUACACGGAGGACAUUGGAGAUCUCUGCAUAUUCCUGGGCAAUAGAGAUGGCUUUGGUGUUUACGAUAUAGCCACUAGAAAACCACGUUCCUUCCGUCCCAAGUCUCCCGCAGCCUUCUCCAGAGCAUCACCCGCCUUUCAGUGGAUCCCUCCAAUUAUGUCUCUCUAGUUGCUGUCCUUCAGUAAAAAAAUCAUUGGCUCCGACUGGUGACAUACAGUAUUAAGGUUGAUUUGCAGUAUGUAUUGUAAUUUGAUGUGAUUUGCAGUAAAAUUUAUGUGGUAAAAACUGUAAAUUUAUGUGGUAGGUUUGCAGGAAAAGUAUGAGUUACGAUUUUUUUUAAAGUAAUGACUGAUAACUUUUUUGAUGUACAAGUUGCAGUACAAUUUUUAUAAAUAAUUAAAUUUAUAAAUAAUUAAUUAUUUAUUAAAAUAAAUUAAACGUUAAACCAUUUAAGACAAAUAAAUAAUAAUAAAAACUAUUUUAUUUUAAUAUGUACAAAAUAUUAUUUCAAAUAAAUAAAAAUUAUAAGUAUAAAAUGAUUAUCCUUAUACAAUUUUAAUGAGAAAUAUAUUACAGAAAAUUAAUUUCUAUUAACUAAACUAAUGAAAGAUACAUAAACAUUUGUAUUAUAUAUGUAAUAGCAAAAAAUCUCAUAUAAACAUACAACUUUAUAUACAAACAUAGUUAAUAAUUUUUAUUAUAAAAUUAUUCUGUUGAAUCAUUUAAAUGGAAAUAAGAAUGCUUAUAAAAAGACUAAGAAACAAAUAGUUAUUAAGUCACCAAUAGUAAACACAAAAACCAUGUUUCAAAAGAUGAUAAAUUGUUUAAAGUUAAAAACAAAAACAAACGUGGAAA